UGUGAACUCCAGCCUACACACGCGCUCCGCUGAAGUUUUGAGUAUGAGUUCUAGUUGCUCAAAAUAGUUAUCAAUGAGAAUGGAGCGUUGGGACGACUAAUAGCAGGAUUUCACCAAAGGACUGAAGGGGAUACUUAAUUUUGGAACCGUAUUCUGUACCGUUAUUGCAUGAUACAUUUGAACUUCCUGCACAGGUUUCAGAAUUAAAGAGAGCGGAUAGAAGUUUGCGCAUGAAUGGGGGCAAUGGAUGCCUGGCGUUAGAGCUAAUUUUAAAGCACCACGUUUACAUCUCAAAAUUAUUUCGUUGCCUGUCACCGUCUCUGUCUCGGUUAUUUUUUCUCCCGGAUUCUCUGUCUCAAUGGUGCUGAAACAGCAGAACACGACUGGGACCUUGAAUGAACGCAACUUUUCGGCAGUCUUUUAUAAAGUUACUCAAGUGCGCGAAACUUAUUUUAUCUGUUUAUACGCUUAAACUGCACCCCGGUCAAUUUUCGCCUGUGAGUCAUCUAACGGACUUAACGGUACCAUCAACUUUCUGCUGGAUUUUUCUUUUUAAAAACUAGUUUCGACAGUGUUUCUGCUCUUGCAGUUACAAAGGCUGCCUGCAGCCACUGCGGAUAGCAUGCUGUCGACUGCGCGAGAGAGGUGGACUCCGAGCCACUGCUGGAUCUUGGCUCUGAUGUGCGGAUUGCUCUGUUCCGUGGCCGUGAACGGAUGCCCCCAUAAAUGCAGUUGCUCCGGAUCUCAUGUGGAUUGCCAGGGUCAAGGCUUCAGGACCGUGCCAAAGGGAAUCCCGAGGAACGCAGAGAGAUUGGACUUGGACAGGAAUAACAUCACUCGGAUCACCAAAGUGGACUUCUCCGGCAUCAAGAACCUACGAGUUCUGCAUCUGGAGGACAAUCAGAUCAGCGUAAUUGAGAGGGGGGCGUUCCAGGAUCUGAAACAGCUGGAGAGACUCCGUCUGAACCGGAACAAGCUGCAGGUUCUCCCAGAGCUGCUGUUCCAGUCCACACCCAAGCUGGGCCGCCUGGACCUGAGCGAGAACCAGAUCCAGGCGAUACCUCGAAAGGCCUUCCGCGGGAUCACCACUGUGAAGAACCUGCAACUGGACAGCAACCACAUCAGCUGCAUCGAAGAUGGAGCCUUCCGAGCCCUCCGCGAUCUGGAGAUACUCACGCUCAACAACAACAACAUCACCCUCAUCCCGCUCUCCAGCUUCAACCACAUGCCCAAGCUGCGGACUCUGCGUCUGCACUCCAACAACCUGCACUGCGACUGCCACCUGGCCUGGCUGUCGGACUGGCUGCGGCAGAGACGCGGCCUGGCCCCCUUCACUCAAUGCAUGGCCCCCGCCCACAUGAGGGGCCUCAACGUGCCUGAUGUCCAGAAGAAAGAUUUUGUCUGCACAGGCCCUGCUCAGACAGAGCCUCGUACUUGUGUCCCACAGGCGUCCAUUUGCCCGGCAACGUGCACCUGCAACAACAACAUAGUGGACUGCCGGAGGAAAGGCCUAACCGAGAUCCCAGCCAACUUACCGGAGGGCAUCAUGGAAAUCCGACUGGAACAGAACCUGAUCAAAGCCAUCCCUGCUGGAGCCUUCUCCCCAUACAAGAAGCUGAAGAGAAUAGACCUGAGUAAGAAUCAAAUUUCUGACAUCGCCGCCGACGCCUUCAGCGGCCUCAGAUCUCUCACGUCCCUGGUCCUGUACGGGAACAAGAUUGCUGAGAUCCCCAAGGGGCUGUUUGAUGGCCUGGUCUCCCUGCAGCUGCUGCUGCUGAACGCCAACAAAAUCAACUGCCUGAGAGUGAACACCUUCCAGGACCUGCAGAAUCUCAACCUGCUAUCGCUGUACGACAACAAGCUGCAGACCAUCAGCAAGGGUCUCUUCGCCCCCCUGCGCUCCAUCAAAACCCUACACCUGGCCCAGAACCCCUUCAUGUGCGACUGCCACCUGAAGUGGCUGGCCGACUACCUGUUCGACAACCCCAUCGAGACCAGCGGAGCCCGCUGCAGUCACCCCCGCCGCCUGGCCAACAAGCGCAUCAGCCAGGUCAAGGGAAAGAAGUUCCGCUGCACAGGCACAGAGGACUACCGCAGCCGUCUGAGCGGGGAAUGCUUCCAGGACCUGGUGUGCCCAGAACGCUGCCGCUGCGAGGGGACGGUGGUGGACUGCUCCAACCUCAAACUCACCCGCAUCCCGCCGCACCUGCCCGAGCACACCACUGACCUGCGCCUGAAUGACAACGAAAUCUCCGUCUUGGAGGCCGCAGGGACUUUUAAGAAGCUCCCAAACCUGCGAAAGAUUAACCUGAGCAACAACAAGCUGCGGGACAUCCGAGAGGGGGCGUUCGAAGGGGCAGGCUCAGUCCUGGAACUGCUGCUGACUGGAAACAAGCUGCAGUCCCUACAAGGCCGCAUGUUCAAGGGUCUGACCGGCCUCAAGACACUGAUGCUGAGGAGUAACCAGAUCAGCUGCGUGGACAACACCACGUUCACAGGGCUGAGCUCUGUGCGCCUGCUGUCCCUUUACGACAACCGAAUCUCCACGAUCGCACCUGGGGCCUUCACCACACUGCACUCCCUCUCCACCAUCAACCUCCUGUCCAACCCUUACACAUGUGACUGUCACCUGGCCUGGCUGGGCCUGUGGCUGAAGAAGACCCGCGUGGUGAGCGGGAACCCACGCUGCCAGAAGCCGGCCUUCCUCAAGGAGAUUCCCAUCCAGGACGUGGCCAUGCCCGACUUCACCUGUGACGGAACUGAGGAGAACAGCUGCCUGCCGGUCCCACGCUGCCCGGAGUCCUGCACGUGCUCGGAUACCGUGGUGCGCUGCAGCAACCGGGGUCUGCGUUCGCUGCCCAAGGGCAUACCCAAGGACACCACGGAGCUGUACCUGGAAGGGAACCUCCUGACAUCUGUGCCAAAGGAACUGUCCAGUCUGAAACAGCUCUCGCUGGUAGACCUCAGCAACAACAGCAUCAGCUCACUGGCCCCUAUGACCUUCAGCAACAUGACUCAGCUUUCCACUCUCAUCCUGAGCUACAACCAGAUCCGCUGCAUCCCGGUGCACGCCUUCGACGGACUCAAGUCCCUGCGCCUGCUAACUCUCCACGGAAACGACCUUUCAACCAUACCAGAGGGAGCCUUCAGCCAUUUGACAUCUCUGUCUCAUUUGGCUCUGGGUGCUAACCCUCUCUACUGUAACUGUGACCUGCGCUGGCUCUCCCUGUGGGUGAAGGCUGGAUUCAAGGAGCCAGGCAUCGCCCGCUGCACAGGCCCCCCCGACAUGGCCGACCGCUUGCUGCUCACAACCCCCCUCAACCGCUUCCAGUGCAAGGGUCCUGUGGACUUGAGUUUAAUGUCCAAGUGUGCUCCCUGCCUGGCCAACCCCUGUCAGAAUAAUGGCACCUGUGUCAGUGAUGUGAGUGGAACCUACCAGUGCACCUGUCCGUUUGGCUACAAGGGGCGGAACUGCGAGAUCGCCAUCAACGCCUGCAUCAGCUUCCCCUGUGCCAACGGCGGGACCUGUCACCUGCUGCCCGGGCAGGAAGACCAGUUCAGCUGUGCAUGCCCGCCCGGGUUCGAGGGUCCGCGCUGCGAGGUGAACCCGGACGACUGUGAGGACAACGACUGCGAGAACAACUCCACCUGCGUGGACGGCAUCAACAACUACACCUGCCUCUGCCCCCCCAACUACACAGGGGACCUGUGUGAGGAGGUGAUUGAUAACUGCGCACAGGGCUUUGACCCCUGUCAGCACGACGCAAAGUGCAUCCCCCUCACCAAAGGGUACAGGUGUGAGUGCUUGCCAGGCUAUGUGGGCCAGCGCUGCGAGCAGGACUACAAUGACUGCCUGGAGAACAAGUGCCAGCAUGGGGCACAGUGCGUGGACGCCAUCAAUGGCUACACCUGUGUCUGCAAGGAGGGCUUCAGCGGUCUUUUCUGUGAGAGUCCCCCUCCCAUGAUCCUCCUUCAGACCAGCCCAUGUGACCAGUCGGACUGCCAGAAUGGGGCGCAGUGCCUGGUGGUGGCAGGGGAGCCCGUGUGCCGCUGUCUGCCAGGGUUUUUCGGGAACAAGUGCCACAAGAUCGUGACCGUCCACUUCCUGGGAAAGGAGGCGUACAUUGAGCUCCCGGGAGCCAAGAUCCGUCCCUCUGCCCACAUCUCCCUCCAGGUGGCAACGGACAAGGACAAUGGCAUUCUGCUGUACAAAGAUGACAACGAUCCCCUGGCGCUGGAGCUGUACCAGGGCCACAUUCGCCUCAUCUACGACAUUGCCAACUACCCUCCGACGACUGUCUACAGUGUGGAGUCUGUGAACGAUGGCCUCUUCCAUACAGUGGAGCUCCUCAUCCAGAAUCAUACCCUAAGCUUGGUGGUGGACAAAGGCGCCCCAAAGAGCCUGGGCAAGCUGCCACGACAGCCCUCUGUGGACCACAACACACAGCUCUACAUAGGAGGAGUGCCCUCUGUCGUGGGGGCUUCGGGACUGCGCCAGGGAUCAGAGCGCGGCUCGCAGGCGUUCAACGGCUGCAUCCACAACGUGAGGAUCAAUGGGGAGCUGCAGGACCUGGGCGCGGCCCCCCGCGGGGCGGAGGGCGUGCUGCCCGGCUGCCACUCCUGCAGUGUGUGCGCGCAGGGGGCCUGCCGCCAGCGGGGCGACAUGGGGGUGACCUGUGAGUGCCCGUCCAGCCAGAGCGGCCCGCUCUGUGACCCGAAGGUCCCGCCGAGCCCCUGCCAGGCCAACAGGUGUGUGAAUGGUGUGUGUGUGCCAAAAGGCUCGUCAUAUAGCUGCCAAUGUGCAAGUGGUUUCUCUGGACAGUACUGUGACAAGCGGGAGGAGCCUCCAGCCUGCAGGGGGCACCACUGUGGACACGGGGAAUGCUGGGUGACCGAGAGCGGUGUACCCACCUGCCAGUGCCAGCCUGGUUACACCGGCCCCAACUGCGACACAGAGCUGGGCUGCCAGGGGGAGAUGGUACGAGAGCUGCUGAAACGACACCAGGGCCAAAAAACCUGCACCUCCACCAGCAAGAUCCCGCGGGUAGAGUGCUCCCGGGCCUGCGACGGGGGCCUGUGCUGCGCCCCCGUCAAAAGUCGGAGGCGGAAAGUGGUCUUCAAGUGCACCGACGGGUCCUCGUUCUCCGAGGAACUGGAGACGCCCAUGGAGUGUGGCUGCACAAAGUGCCCAUUGUAAUGUGCGCCGAGCAGAACGAAAAGGGACCUGUCGAGGGCGAAGAGAGAUAUAUUGUAAAAUAAAACAAAUAGAACUUAUUUUUAUUAUGGGAUUUUUUAAAAAAAAGAGACUUGUUUUUUUAAUAUGUUGGCUAGAUGUGCCAUACGAGGAAUUGUUUUGUACCGUAAACAAAUAAACCAACAAAACAGAUUAACAUUUCUGAAAUU